AUGUCGUUAUUAAAUGAAGUUGACAAAUAUAAAGUAUUAUUGAUGGUAUAUUUAAUAUGUCCUUAUAAACAUCCUGCUAAAAAGACACUAGCUAGAAUAUUAUCGAUUCAAGAUAAAGAAACAUCAGAUGAAGAAUUCGUGAAUAAUUUACAAGAUUAUCUUCAAGCUAUCAUUGAACAUGAUCAACAUUUAAAAUAUUUUAGAUACGCUAUAAAUACAUGUUUCGAUCAUUUCCCUGCAGGUGUCCAAGCUGUAAAAAAUAUCUUGGAACAAGUUCUUCAAAAAAUUCCCGAUCAUUUGACAUAUUUAAAUUCUAUAAUAAGUAGUGAAUCAGAGUCUGUGCCAGUGUCAUCAAAGAAUAAAAAAGAUAUUGCUGAGGAAAUACACGAUUAUUCUCGCGCAAUUAUUAGUGUUGUAUCACUUUGUACAAAUUACAAAGUACUUAAUAUUGAAUUGAAUCCAUCCAAGUUAAUUAUGAUUGUGGACUUGUUGAUCCAAAACAAUUCAAUGUUCUUAUCAAUGGAUACUAAAUGUAAUUUUGGAAUGAUUAUUGUACAAUGUGCAAGAUUGUUAUCAAUUAAUAAUGGUGCAGAAGCUGGUCCUGAUGUUGGUGCUUUAAAAGAGAUAAUUUGUAAACUGUUACGCAUCAAAUUAAAUGAUAUGGAUGAAGAACUAUGGCCUAAAAUGAAAUUUACGACGGAAUCUGAAAGAAUUUGUAUUGUAAUUGGAAUUUUAAACACGCUAUCAACUGUUCAACUUUAUCAAGUGAUCAAUAAUUGCGAACCUUUAAUAAUAUCAUUGUCAAAAUAUUUAUUUGAAAUAGCAGAUACUUCUUGUGCACUCUUAAAUACAAAUGAACUGUUGAUUGUUUGUCGAGGAAUUGUGUUAAUAUCAAAGAAAAUUUACAAGCUAAUGGAACAAAAGAACAAACAUCAUGUACAGACUUUGUUACAAAUGUUUAUAAAAUUUGUUUUAAUUCACUUGGAACAUUACUGUGAUACAAUUCGUCAUAACUCUAAAAUAAUUAUGAUCCAUCUUGUUAAAAAUGCUGUACAAAUUAUGCAACAAAAUGAUGAUUCAUCAAUAUUAAAUGAAUUGGUAAAGUCAGUUUUCAACUCGUCAAUGAAUAAUGAAUCUGGAUUAUAUUCAUGUCUAUCAAUUUUAUGUACAGAAGCUGGUUGUAACGUUUUAUUUAAAUAUCACAAGAAUUUAGCACAAAAAAUCAUGUCUGACGUGCACCUCGACUCGCCUUAUGCUCAUCAGAUCCGUACAACUUAUAUCAGUUUAAUGACCAAACAUUCGACAGAAGUUGAAAUUGACGUUUGGAUGAAAUUGUGGAUUGAGCCAUUAAUCAAUAAAAUUAUAGAAAAAAAUGAACAUAUCGACGACAAUUUAAAACUCUUCCAAGAAGCUAUUUCAAUUCAGCCUCAAUUGAGCAUUCAAAUUAUAGAUACUUAUAAAAAUGAUUGCAACAAUCCUGCACUUUUCUUGAUUUGUGCCAAAAUUGCUAGAAAAUUUGGAAUAUCAAAUGAAAAUUCGACUGCAGUUAAAUGGAAAGGAAUAAUAGACAUAGACCUGCUGGAAAAUGCAUUUUCUCAUACAUCUCCGACGAUACGUUUAUCAGCAAUUGCAAUUAUAGCCGAUAGCCGUAAAACUACUGAAAUUUUUACAUUACAAGAUUUUAAUUUAAUAAAAUCAUUUUUAAUUUGGAAUCUAAAUUGUACGGACGCAGCUGUUCGUCAGGAUAUACUUGCUUAUUACAAAAAGAUAUGGACUCGUUUUAAAGAUAGUUAUUUAUUAAUAAAACGUAAAUUAAAUGAUUUAAAUGUAAAGUUAUCGAUGGCCAAUACAAAUACAAAUGUAAAGAGCAUGAAUUAUUAUCGUAGAACUACAACUUUGGAAAUGUUUACAUUAUUGAAAUCAAUACUGGAUACUGGAACAACAGAUCAAAUAUUAUCAAUCAUUACUAACAAUAUCAACGAUACAAACUCAAUACAAAUACAAAUACAAACAAUCAAUUUAAUCGAUUGUUUAUAUGAUGGCUACGAAUAUAAUAAACAAUUAGCACUCAAUAUUUUAAUUGGUAUUCGGAUACCUUUAGAAUGUGUGCUAUCAAGUUUCUCUGUAACUAUGGAUGAAAUGAUAGAUGCUUGUAUGAAACUUGCAACAAGUAAGAAGCCAGCUGAUUGCAUAACAGCAGCGUAUUUAAUACAUUUGAUUUUAAAUUAUCCUGAAAGUGCAUGUAACGUACUUAAGUCUAGAACAAAUUCAGAUAUAGACUGUCCUUAUUAUUUAACCAUUCGUUUGUUAAUUGAUCAACUACAAAAUGAUAUUUUAGUGGCUAAACAAAACAUUGUUACUGCUGCAGGAACUGCUCCUUUGUAUGGUUGUAUUUUUAUUAUCCGUUAUUUAUAUCUACAAGUAAUCAAUAAAAAUUUGAGUUCUGAUCAAAUAUGGAUUGGUAUAAUUAAAGAAGUGAUUGAUUUAUGCUUUGAAAUCAGCGAUUUAGUUCUACCAAUUGUUAAUAGUCAAUCACCAGAAGGCUAUUUCCCUGAAAUUGAAGCAUCUACUGCAGAUAACUGCGCAAGUAUAUUGAACGUAACGGUAACGCCACAAAUGGUAUUGUUAUGUGCAUGGCGUAGUGUUAAAGAAAUUUCAUUACUUUAUGGUGACAUAGUGUUUUAUUCAAAAAUUAUCAAUUGCAAAAAUUAUAAUACAGGACAAACUGUUGCUGAUACUGGGAUUGGGAGUGGGACCAUUACAGAAGAUCAAGUUAUGCAAAUUGGGAAUUAUUUUAUAUCAGUAUUAGCUACCACAAAACAUCGUGGUGCAUUUGAACAAACUUAUGUUGGCUUUACAAAACUUUGUAAACGUUUAUGGAGUGAAAAAAGUGGUAAAUUAGCGGAUUUGCCCAGAAAUUGGAUAGAAGAGUUGUUAGUAGAUAUAACGAACACAAACGAAAUGAAUGUUAAUAAGAAACUAUGUGCUACAAGACGAAGUGCCGGUUUACCCUUCAUGAUACAGGCUUUGGAGACUACAGCUUUAGAAGUAAUUGGAACCGUUGAUUUAUUUAAAAAUGGUAUGGAAACAUUGCUUGAAAUCUGUGAAAAAUAUCGCAAACAAGUGAAUUGUGAGCCGUGUACACACGCCAUGAACAUAUUGCGAGCAUUAUUUCGUCACAAUCAACUUGGUGAACAUUGCAUACAGUUUAUUUCAAAUGGUGUAAUAGUUGCGCUACGAGCAAUUGAAACAAAUAAUUGGGCUUUACGUAAUGCUGGAACACUACUAUUCUCCGCAUUAAUGACACGGAUAUUUGGUGUUUUAAGGAAUAAAAACAGUGAAAAGUUAAGUUCACAUAAUCGAAUGACAAUCCAUGUGUUCUUUUCACGUUUCCCACAUUUAUUUGAUUUCUUAAAAGAAGAAUUACGUAUAGCAAGUUUAUCAGACGAUACAUUAAAAUUAUCAUUAUAUCCGAUACUAUUACUUUUGGCACGAUUAUAUCCGUCAGUUUUCGAAGAAAGUCAAUCUCAAUUCUAUCAGAUUUCAUCUUUGUUACCAUAUUUAAAUGAAUGCUGUAAAAAUAGAAUUUACAAAACACGUGAAUUGGCUGCAAAGGCAAUAGUACCAUUACUUGAUCGUUCAAAUAUUGAUAAAUAUUUCAUUAAAUUAUUGAAUGAAUUGAUUACAUCGGAUCAACUUACAACUAACUGUAUUCAUGGUAUAUUAUUACAGCGUACACGGAGUGCAUAA